UGAACUGGGUCAGCAGGAUGGCUCAGUGGGUAAAGGCUUGUGCCGCCAAGACAGCCUGAGUUGUGCCCCCGGAAACCACACGGUAGAAUAAUACUGACUCUGCAAAUUGACCUUUGACUGCCACAGCCGUGUUGUGGCACAGUAACGUCCCCCACAAACACACACAUAUGAAACCAAUGUCAAAAGAACCUUAACUGUCUACUUAAGGUCACAUCCUGUGUCUGUGGAUCAGUCCUUAGGGUACCCCCAACCCUCUAGCACUUUGGGGUGUAGGGCAUGGUGUGGGUGACUAGGCUGCGAUGAUCUGCCCCGAAGGUUCCCAGGGAACUCGGCCGUCACAGAACCCAUUGUGCCGUCAUAGCCCAGGGUAGUGUCUCUGGGUUGGGCUGGGCCAGGCCCCUGCCUGUGGUCACUGCGGAGGGAGAGCUUGGACAGAAGGGUGCCUGUGGAGCUGUGGAGCCCCAAGCCGCUCUAACCGGGGCUAACAGGAGGGGCCACUGCCCCACAGUCCAAGGAGGCCAUGAGAGCCCCAGUGUAGAGCCCUGUGAGGGAGGCCACGAGGGAUCUGACCUGAGGAAGGGACCUGGGGGAGAGUCCUGUUUGGGAAUCUACCCAUGGGGGAGUCAGAACCCAUGAGGGGAGCUGGAGAGGGACCUAAGAGGGAGUUUACAGGAGACCAGGGUCCUGGGGAGGGGGGACCUGAGAGGUGCUGCCCGAUGGCGGCCAGCCCUUUGAAGGGCAGUGUGGGGGAGCGCGGCCGGAGACCCCUAAGGGAGUGCGUGAGGCGACGUCUGAGGGGGCUUGCGAAGACCCCUGGGAGGAGAGCAGUGAAGGAUCCUGUAAAGCUGCCCUCCAGAAGAGCCCUGGGGGCUCCCAGGACUUGGAAGGGCCGUCUCCGGGUCCCUGCGAGGGCUCAGGAGGUGCGGGAGACCCGGCGGAGACACGAGAGGCGCCUGGUGGAGGUGGACAGCAGCCGGCAGCGGGAGUCCGACUUGAAGAUGGCGCAGGCCCUGGAGGACCUGCGCAGCCAGCACGAUGAGCAAGUGCGGCUGUACCGCCUGGAGCUGGAGCAGACCUACCAGGCCAAGCUGGACAACGCCAAGCUGAGCUCGGACCAGAACGACAAGGCGGCCAGUGCGGCCCGCGAGGAACUCAAGGAAGCCCGCAUGCGCGUGGAGUCGCUCAGCUACCAGCUCUCAGGCCUCCAGAAGCAGGCCAGCGCUGCCGAGGACCGCAUCCGCGAACUGGAGGAGGUUGUAGCGGGCGAGCGUGAAAAGUUCCGCAAGAUGCUGGACGCCAAGGAGCAGGAGAUGACGGAGGUGCGCGAGGCCAUGCAGCAGCAGCUGGCCGAGUACCAGGAGCUGCUGGACAUCAAGCUGGCGCUGGACAUGGAGAUCAGCGCCUACCGCAAGCUGCUGGAGGGCGAGGAGGAGAGGCUGAAGCUGUCCCCCAGCCCGUCCUCCCGCGUCACCAUCUCUCGCGCCACCUCGAGCAGCAGCAGCAGCAGCAGCGGGGCUGGCAUGUCCGGGGGCCGGGGCCGGGGCAAGCGCCGGCGGCUGGAGGCGGAGGACACCCCGGGCUCCCGCGGCGGCGGCGGCGGCGGCGGCGGGCAGGGCUCCAGCGUGGGCGGCUCCCGCCUGGCCCAGCAGGCGGCCGUGGUGAGCGUGGACGAGGUGGACCCGGAGGGCAGGUUCGUGCGGCUCAAGAACGCCUCGGACAAGGACCAGUCUCUGGGCAACUGGAGAAUCAAGAGGCAGGUCCCGGAGGGCGAGGACGUUGCCUACAAGUUCACGCCCAAGUAUGUCUUGCGGGCCGGCCAGACAGUCACGGUGUGGGCAGCUGGCGCAGGGGUGGCCCACAGCCCCCCAUCAACCCUGGUGUGGAAAAGCCAGAGCAGCUGGGGCUCGGGGGAGAGCUCCCGCACCGUCCUGGUGAACGCCGAUGGAGAGGAGGUUGCCGUGCAGGCCGUGCAGCAGACCAGCGUUGCGGUGAGCGAGAACGGGGAGGAGGUUGAGGAGGAGGAGGAGGCGGAAUUCGGCGAGGAGGACCUGUUCCACCAGCAGGGGGACCCGAGGACUACCUCAAGAGGCUGCCGGCUGAUGUGAAGCCUGCCCCGUGGUCACCAAGGUCCCCGCAGGCCCUGAAAUUAUUUUUUCUAGUCAGCUCUAACUAGUCCUUGGUACAUUUCUAGAUGACUGUAAGCGACCGUGAGAAUGUGGGCGGGCUGGGCUGCGUUUCCCAGAGGAGGGUCCUCUGCCCGCAGGCCCACCCUCUCCACUGUCCUCUACCCGUCACCUUGGUGGUAGGGAGGCGGGCGGGAGCCUGCAGGCUGAGGACAGACCUAGCGUGAAACGACAGUGAUUCACUCAUUGAAUUUUCUUUGAAGCUUUUUAAAUCGAAUCAGAUUCAGAAUCUGGGUGCAGAGGUAAUCCCCAGCCUGACAGGACUUGGCUCUUCAGACCUAGGGCAGACCCUCCACUGCUGGGGUUGACAGCACAGAGGAACUGUGCCUGAGCCUGAAGGGUCUGUGACUGUCCCCAGCCUCGGCAUCCGAGGCGGCUCUGGGCCCUGACUCUAGAACACUCUAGCCCCUUCCGAAGCAGAGGACCAAGGAGGAGGCAGCCCACACACGAGACGCGCCUUUCCUAGUCACUCCAGCAGACAAGGGGGCAGACCGACUGGGUGCUCGGCCCUCAGAGCAAAGCCUGCGGGUCCCGGCCAGCGAUGGCCCCCAGUGUGGCCAAGCCGCCUGGCUGUGGCCCCGUGUGCACACUGCAUGGCCCCCCUAAGCCCCAGGUGCCCGCCGGCCCUCGCCCGCCACCCUCACCCCACCACAGACACACAGUAUUUUUUUAACGGAUAUUUAUUUUUUUACAUCAGUAGUGCAGCACCGUGAGGCUGCCGCUCCGGGGGUUCGGGCCCAGGGCCGCAGGGGUGGAAGUCACCUGACCUUCCGCUUCCCUCACUGAGCCCUGGGAGUGCCGUCGCCCCGGGGCAAGAGCUCGGGCCACAGGACGCCACUACUGCCGCAGGCCCCAGAGCGCGCCGGCCCUCCUGCUUCCGGACGGGGCUGGAGCCUGGGCUGCCUCGGGUUGGCCCCUGCGUGGUGGGACAGGCACACGCGGCAGCCCGCCCACGGGACCUGGAGCCGGGGUCGGCAGGCCCGGCGGCUGCGGGCGCCGCCCUGCGGCCGGGAGCAGCGUGCACUGCGCAUCGCUCAGCCUCACCCGCGGCUCCCUUUCGAAGAUGCAUGCCAAGCGUGUGUUCCGCCUUCCCCCAUGAUUUGUAAUAUACAUCUUACGACUGGAAACUUUUGUACACUCAAAUAAACACUCUGAUUUUAACCCCA